AUGCGUUGUGUUGCUAUCAGCUCUCUAGCCGCCCUGGCUCUCGCCGGGCCCCUGAACCCACAGGUUGAGGAGGGCAACACAGCCCUCGCUGCCCUCCAGGAUGUCAGCCCCGAAGACGCCAACGCCGUCCAGAUGGUCUCGGAGGAUCAACGUCAAGACCAAGGCGUUGGACAGAUCCUGAGCGCCCUGCAAGAAAACAGCCCAGAUGACGCGGAAGCCGCGAAGGGUCUUGGACGUCGUGACGACGACGUUGCUAGCAUCCUCGCUGCCCUCCAAGCCGAGAGCCCUGAAGAUGCCGCCGCGGCCCAGAGUGCUGUUAAACGUGAUGAUGAUGUCGCCUCCAUCCUCGCCGCUCUUCAAUCCGAGUCUCCUGAUGAUGCUGCGGCCGCUGCUGCUGUGGCUUAA